AUGAAGGCUUUUAUCUGGAUCCUAGGUGUGCUCUUCUUCAUAGUAACAAGCAGUGGACACUGCAGAGGAGGACAGUUCAAAAUAAAAAAAAUAACUCACAAGAGAUACCCUCGUGCUGCAGACGGUAAAGAAGAAGCAAAGAAAUGUUCAUACACAUUCCUGGUUCCUGAACAAAAAAUAACAGGGCCAAUUUGUGUCAACACCAAAGGGCAAGAUGCAGGUACCAUUAAAGACAUGGUCACCAAGAUGGACCUUGAAAACCUGAAGGACGUGCUCUCCAGGCAGAAGCGGGAGAUAGAUGUCCUGCAACUGGUAGUGGAUGUAGAUGGAAACAUUGUGAAUGAGGUAAAGCUGCUGAGAAAAGAGAGCCGCAACAUGAACUCUCGUGUUACUCAACUCUACAUGCAACUCUUACAUGAGAUUAUCCGUAAGAGGGAUAAUUCACUUGAACUCUCCCAGUUGGAAAAUAAAAUCCUCAACAUCACCACAGAAAUGUUGAAGAUGGCAACAAGGUACAGGGAACUAGAGGUGAAAUAUGCUUCCUUGACUGAUCUUGUCAAUAACCAGUCUGUGAUGAUCACUUUGUUGGAGGAACAGUGCUUGAGGAUAUUUUCCCGACAAGACACCCAUGUAUCUCCUCCUCUUGUCCAGGUGGUGCCCCAACAUAUUCCUAACAGCCAUCACUACACGCCUGGUCUGCUGGGAGGUAAUGAGAUACAGAGGGAUCCAGGUUAUCCCAGAGAUUUAGUGCCACCACCUGAUCUGGCAACUUCUCCCACCAAAAGCCCUCUCAAGAUACCACCAGUAACUUUCAUCAAUGAAGGACCAUUCAAAGACUGUCAGCAAGCAAAAGAAGCUGGGCAUUCAGUCAGUGGGAUUUAUAUGAUUAAACCUGAAAACAGCAAUGGACCAAUGCAGUUAUGGUGUGAAAACAGUCUGGAUCCCGGGGGUUGGACUGUUAUUCAGAAAAGAACAGACGGCUCUGUGAACUUCUUCAGAAAUUGGGAAAAUUAUAAGAAAGGGUUUGGAAACACUGAUGGAGAAUACUGGCUUGGACUUGAAAACAUCUAUAUGCUUAGCAAUCAAGAUAACUAUAAGUUAUUGAUUGAAUUAGAAGACUGGAGUGAUAAAAAAGUCUAUGCAGAAUACAGCAGCUUUCGUCUGGAACCAGAAAAUGAAUUCUAUAGACUGCGCCUAGGAACUUACCAGGGAAAUGCAGGGGAUUCUAUGAUGUGGCAUAACGGUAAACAAUUCACAACACUGGACAGAGAUAAAGACAUGUAUGCAGGAAAUUGUGCCCACUUUCAUAAAGGAGGCUGGUGGUACAACGCCUGUGCCCAUUCUAACCUAAAUGGAGUAUGGUACAGAGGAGGCCAUUACAGAAGCAAGCACCAAGAUGGAAUUUUUUGGGCUGAAUACAGAGGCGGGUCCUAUUCCUUGCGAGCAGUUCGGAUGAUGAUCAAGCCUAUUGACUGA